AUGCUUCGGCUUCCCAUUCCAGCCACGCAGCAGAUGACCGUCCGUAACGGCUCUGUCCAGCGCGGAUUCGACUCAACGCCGAUCAUUCCCGACGAGCCAGGUCACUCACUCUUAUCCGCAGAUUCCUCUGCGAGGCCAAAACUAGGAUUUUCGUCCUUGGUGGUCGCGUUCACGCAGUCGAUUGGCAGACUGCCCAAUUUCAAGUAUCGUUUACUGGCAUGA